AUGGCCUCAAACCAUAUCACCAACGUUGCCAUUGUCGGAGCUGGCGGUAAUAGCGGCCGCUUCAUGACCGAAGCCCUCCUCCGCACAGGAAAGCACACUGUCACAGCCCUAGCACGAGCUGGCAGCCAGAGCAAGUUACCAGAAGGAGUGAUCGAAAAGACAAUCGACUACAGCAAGCCAGAGACCGUCGUCGAGGCACUCGAGGGUCAACACGCGCUUGUCAUAACUCUAGGUGGUAGAGCACCCAAUGAAAUCAAUCUACAGCUCAUCAAUGCAGCCGGCGAGGCUGGUGUACCCUGGAUUCUACCGAAUGAAUGGGGUCCAGACACAGCAAAUGAAGAUCUAGUCAAGGACGUGGUAGUCUUCCAACCAAAGGGAGAAAUCCGCAAAGCAAUCACAGAUCUCGGCAAAAGCUCCUACAUAGCCGUAAAUACCGGAUUCUGGUACGAAUGGAGCCUGGCAAUAGCACCAGCCUUCGGAGUAGACUUUGCCAACCGAUCAGCCACACUCUUUGACGAAGGAAAUGUCAAGAUCUCAACCUCGACAUGGCCACAGGUUGGUCGGGCUGUUGCCAAUCUCCUCAGUCUCCCUAUUACAGCUGAAGGGUCUUGUCUUGAGAAGUUGAAAGAUCAGGCCGUUUAUGUUGAUUCCUUUACUGUUAGCCAGCGGGAUAUGCUGGACUCGGUUUACAGAGUUACCGGUACGACGGAGGCGGAUUGGAAUAUUACCAAGGAAUCAGCUAAGGAAAGGUAUGAGGGUGGUGUGGAGGCUAUGCAGAAGGGUGAUCUUGUUGGGUUUGUUAAGAUGCUUUAUACGAGGGUCUUUUAUGAUGAUGGGUCUGGCGAUUUCAGUGGUAAGGGGACACUGAAUAGUAUGCUUGGGAUGCCAGAAGAGGAUCUUGAUGAGGCAACUAAGAGGGCGAUUGAGCGUUCGGAGAGUACUAGCUGGGCUUGA